GUGGCCCAAUUGUCUAAAUUUCCAAAAAUUAAAUAUAAUCCCUUAAAAGUCGUGAAGCGCCGUUCAGGAGCAGAGCCGAGCAACUGAAGCCAGAAGCUGUGAAGCGCCGAUCAGGAGCACCGAGCAGACGAGCACCGCCGUCGCCCGUCCGCCGCGUCGCCCCCAGUCCGCCGCGUCGCCUCCAGUCCGCCACAGGCCCACAGCGUCAAUCGUUCAAACCUUCAAAUUUCAGCAUUCAAGCAUGGAAGUUUUAUUGUUUGAUGCUGAGAAGGAUACAAAGAAAGAAGGGCAUGUUGGUGUUGCACGUAAACAUUCUUAUAAAGGCCUAAAUUAUGCCAGUGUUGCAGAGAAGAGGAAAAAAGCGCAUAUCUUGCACUUAAGACACCUUCAUAGAGCCAAUCAUCUUCACAGCAAGCGUGGUGUUCUGGGUUUUAAUGUUCAUGAUCAUAUGACAAACAAAGAGAGCAACAAUCUGGGUUUGUUAUCCAUGAACCAGUCAAUUGGCUGCAUACCGUGUUGCAAUUGUGGUACAGCAAUCACUCCAAACAAUGUCAAUAUGUGUGUGAAUUGUCUCCCUUUGGUGAUCAAUAUCACUGAAGGGUUGCCUAGUUGUGUAAAGAUUGUGCACUGCAUUGAAUGUCAAAGCUACUUUCACCCACCAACAUCUUGGGUAAAAGCUCAGAGAGAGUCUAAGGAACUCCUAGCAUUGUGUCUCAAAAAGUUGAAGAAACUGGCCAAUUUGAGAUUGGUCAAUGCAAAGUUUCGCUUCACUGAACCUAAUUCUAAGAGGAUCAAGCUGGAGUUGCGGGUGCAAAAAGAGAUUUGUCAUGGUAGGUAUGCUGAGAAAGUUCAUGCCAUUGAGUAUGUUGUUGUGCAUCGAAAGUGUGCGUCAUGUAUGCCUGCUAACCCGGAUGAUCACUGGGAAGCUGUUGUUCAAGUCAGACAACAUGUCUCUCACAUGAGAACCUUUUAUUUCUUGGAGCAGCUGAUAAUUAGGCAUGGUGCAAUUGGGAAAGCUGUGAAAAUUGAACCGAUUCGCGAGGGAGUGGAUUUCUUUUUCCCUAAGAAGAGGGAUGCCAUGAAAUUCUAUGAAUUCUUGGGCAAUGUUGUCCCAGUUAAGCAAGAAAAGUUUCACAAGCAGUUGAUGUCACAAGACACAAAGAGCAAUGUAUGCCGAUACAGGUAUAGUAUUGCCGCGGUUAUAUGCCCAAUUUGCCAUGAAGAUCUGGUUUAUCUCCCUCCUAAGAUUUCAGCUAGGCUGGGAGUGUGUGGCUCCCUUGUGAUAUGCACUAAGGUGAGGAACACCAUCACUCUAUUGAAUCCUUUUACUCUGCAAGAUGUCAACUUGUCUGCACAACAGUAUUGGCGCGCGCCAUUCGAGCCUCUGCUAAGUAGCAAGCAGCUUGUCGAGUACGUAGUCUUGGAUGUAGAAGAAGCUCAUUCUUCUUCUGGGUUUGACUAUGCCUGCAAGAGAUAUGCACUGGCAGAAGUACAAGUUGCCAGGGUAUCUGAUUUUGGAAGGAACGAUACCACGUUUUCUGUAAAAACUCAUCUUGGCCAUCUCUUAAAGCCUGGGGACUAUGCACUUGGUUAUGAUCUUCAGGGUGCCAAUUUCAACAAGGAAGAAGCAGAACAUUGCAAAGCUUCACUCCCAGAUGUUCUCAUAAAAAAGAAGUCUGAUAAAACCAAGCGGAACAAGCUCAGCACUGCUUCUAAUAGAGAUUUGGAACCGACCGAUUCUGGAUACAAACAGUUCCUGAGAGAUUUAGAGGUUAACCCAGAGUCAAGAUUUCAAUUGUCGUUGAAUCAAGAUAAUGGGAAUAUAUCAUCUGCAAGGUCUUCUUCACAACCCGGAGGAACGGCUGAGGAGGAUAUGAUGGUCUCUUUUAGUGGAUUAGAAGAUGUGUUUGCCCACCUAAACAUGAGUGGUGAUGAAAGUGAUGGUAUCAUAGAGUGAUUAUAUAUAUAUAUAUAUAUAUAUAUAUAUAUAUAUAUAUAUAUAUAUAUAUAAAAUUGAAUUUUAGAAUCUGAGACUUCAAUUUCAAUUCAGCUGUUUAGUAGUACAAAAAUAAAAAUAUGUGGAAUUA